CUCACACCCACACAGCCUCCAGACCCGAGCGCGCUCCAGCAUCGCGUGCGCGCCACCGACGGACUGGGGUACGAGGAGGGAGACACCGCCCUCUGUUACUGACUGUCCGGCCCGUCCUCUUCAUCGGCCUCCCGAACCUCCCAAACCUCCCACGCUAUGGGGCAACUUUCAUACCUGAUUGUCCUGUGUCUGGUGCUGCUGCUGCUACACGGUCACUCUGGCAGAGCCGGGCGGAGCAGCAGUUCAAGGUCAAAGACGUCCUCGAGCAGUAAGAGCUCUGGAUCUUCCUCUAGUAGCAAGAGCUCUGGAUCUUCCUCUAGCAGCAAGAGCACAGGGUCUGGACACAAGACAUCCUAUAGCACAAAAACCAAUGCAGGGACCUCCAGUCACAACCCGACCCAACAUCAUCCAGAUCAUGGCUCCCCUCACCAGUUUCCCAACAAAAAUCCAGCUGCGGGUGGUUACCCAAAGCAAACUCCAGCUGCUGGUGGUUACCCCAACCAAAAUCCAGCCGCUGGUGGUUACCCCAAGCAAACUCCAGCUGCUGGUGGUUACCCCAAGCAAACUCCAGCUGCUGGUGGUUACCCCAACCAAAAUCCAGCUGCUGGUGGUUACCCCAACCAAAAUCCAGCUCCUGGUGGUUACCCCAAACAAACUCCAGCUGUUGGUAGUUACCCCAACCAAAAUCCAGCUGCUGGUGGUUACCCUCAUCAGUUUCCCAACCAAAAUCCAGCCGCUGGUGGUUACCCCAACCAAAAUCCAGCCGCUGGUGGUUACCCCAAACAAACUCCAGCUGUUGGUAGUUACCCCAACCAAAAUCCAGCUGCUGGUGGUUACCCUCAUCAGUUUCCCAACCAAAAUCCAGCCGCUGGUGGUUACCCCAACCAAAAUCCAGCCGCUGGUGGUUACCCCAACCAAAAUCCAGCUCCUGGUGGUUAUCCCAAACAAACUCCAGCUGUUGGUAGUUACCCCAACCAAAAUCCAGCUGCUGGUGGUUACCCUCAUCAGUUUCCCAACCAAAAUCCAGCCGCUGGUGGUUACCCCAACCAAAAUCCAGCCGCUGGUGGUUACCCUCAUCAGUUUCCCAACCAAAAUCCAGCCGCUGGUGGUUACCCCAACCAAAAUCCAGCUGCUGGUGGUUACCCCAACCAGUAUCCAGGUGCAGGUGGUUACCCCUACCAUUAUCCUGGGAGAGGGGGAGUCAGUCCUGGAGGAUACCCAAAACAGUAUCCGUCAGCUGGAAAUUUCCCUGGAGGGGGUGCAGCGUAUCCCAGUGACAAGAUCCUGAGUCCCCGCUAUGGGUGGGGCUACAGCUAUGGUGCUAGUGGUGUGGGGGGCUCCCCUUUUUCUCGAAAAGUGCAAAGCAAAGGUCAUUUCCCCUCUGAAAAAUCCAAGGGCUUUGGGAAGAAGGCAGCAGUGGCUGCAGGGUUGGGGGUCAUGACUGGCGCAGCAGUCGGCUAUGGGGUUGGCAGAUAUUCCAGUCCCAAAUUUGGUUUCCAAAACCCAAUGGAGGAGCAAUUCUACAACUACUACAUGUACAACCGUUACAACUCUAAUCCCACUCACAUUGACCAUCAUCAUAAACCCACCCAGAACAGUGGCAAAAGGAAGAAUUACAACAGGAAUAACCCGAGCCGGAAUAACCCGAGCCAGAAUAACCCGAGCCAAACCGAUGUUUUUUCCAGCCAGCACCUAGAGAAUUUCAUGGAAGACUGCAUGAAGAGGACCGACUUACUAAAGGAGAAGCAUGAUGGCAGCCGCCGGCAAGGCGCCGAUGGGGCAGGAUCGCAAGAAGUCAAGCCAAGGCCUACAGGGGUGCCGAAAGCUCAGGAAGACCAUUCGAGCAGAAGCAUAGGCACUGAACGUUUCGAGAUUCCUGCACCAGGUAAUGACAGCAUCAAUAUCACAUCCACUGAAGGAGGCAUGCUUGACAUCCCAAAGGAGGAGCGAUCCCCAGCCCCUGCUGCAAGCCCACUGGAAGAUGAUAAUGACACGGUAAGCAUUGUCGAAAUUGGAUAUCCAGAGCUAGUGGAGCAGCUUAAGAUACGGCGAUGCGUGGAGUUGUAUACCGUCUAUGAAGAACAGCGACAGAAGAAUGCUGAGAGGGUAGAGAUCCCUUUUGGGAGCGGGGUGCAACAGCACCCUCUCUGUCAUGGAGUAGUACUGCUAUUUACCACUGCACUCAUGGUCUUGAGCAGCACACUCCUGCUUCACUGAGACACACCAAAGGACUGCAUUCCCAGGCUCUAAGACGUGACUAGUGGUGGAGACAGAUUUUAUGGACAUUAUUUCAGGUGUCUCUUUUCUGAGUGGCUCCAAAUAUCUCAGACUAUUUUUCAUGCUUAUGUAUUAAUAUCGUAUUGUCCCUUCUCUGGUCCUGCUGUUUCUUGUUGCACUACAUAUUGUCCUUCUGUGCCACAGUAUUGAACUUCAUAUUUGGUGAAAUACUGUCAUCUACACUCUAAAAUCUGUAUAUAUCAAGCUGAGCAAAUUUGAAAAAUGCACAUCUAAUUCCCAUUACCUCUUAUUGUUGUUAUUAUUGCUAUGAAAUAAAUGCUAUAAGACAGUAACAAGGCCAAAAGAAAGAACGUCUCUACAUUCAUCACAUUUUCCUUUAUUGAAAAAUACCUUAGUUAUAUAACUGUUCAUCACUGACUACUCAAAGCAUUGUUUUGCUAUAGGUACAAUAUGUAUGAAAGCCUUUGAAAUUCUUGUGGAGCCUUGCUCACUGAGUUGUUCUUAAUCAAUGUGAAGAGACUGCAGAUGAAGAAUGAAACACAAAUAAGAGAGAAAGAGAAUGAAAAAGAGAGGAAGGAAUAAUAAAGAAUAGAUGGAGAGUAAAAGUUGGCUUCCCAGAGAACGGUGGGUAGCGUGAUAAUUUCUGCUGCUGAAAGAAAUGGUUACUGUGUAAAAAGCGAUACUAUUUGAGAAAUGAUAUUCUAUCACCUUUCAGCUGAAUAUCGGUGUCAACAAACACAUACAGUACAAGACAUAUUGUUAAAACAAUCAACAUUAGAGGAAAAGAAUAUAAAGAUACUAUUUGUAUUUUUUAACUUGACAGUAUUUCACUUUCAGGCUCCCUCUCCGUCUGACGCUGAAAAUCAGAUGUCAUUUGAACUCCAUUUGCACUAAUUGUUUGACAUCGAGAAAUGUAAAUAUCAUAUUUGAUAGCCAUUACAAUGUUGUAAAGGAGACGGAUUUAUAGAAAGUAAUGUUUAGAUGAGACAGACUGAACAUCUGGCACUGGAAUCAACUUUAUAUAGUUCGUUAUAUACAUUUACGUUUGCAUUUAUUUAACAGAUGCUUUUCCCCAAAGCGACGUACAUCUCAGAGAAUGAUAAGUAUAUGGCUCGCUUAUUUAUGCAAAUUUGCAUGGGCUUGUGUGUGUGUUCUCAUGCCCUUGUAAUUUGUCAUCAUCAAUGUGUGUCCAACUUUGGAAUGUUUGACUGUCAUAAUAUAUGAUCCGCAUACACACGUUGACAGAGUAACACGGAGCAAAUACUGUAUGUGAAUGUAUUCUUGAACUAUACACUGUGUCCUUAAUACAUGGCAAAGUUCAUGUGUCCAUCAGCGGUAACACGAUGUGAAAUGUUUUCGUUUCCUGGACGCUACUUUGCUGAAGUUUAAUAUUUAACUUUGAGGGAGAACCGUUUUUCUCUUAGCAGAGGAAAUAGGAGCAACAUAUUGAAAGGCUCCAAUGUCUUACUUGGUGUUAUAUUGUAUUCCAGCUUGUAUACACUUUGUUCUUGUGUAUUUACAUAUGUAAACUGUGUAUUGUUCUGUACGUAAUGACAAUGUGAUGUGUUCUACAUUGCUGUAUACGCCGUAGAUUCCGAGGUCACAAACGAUCUCAUUGCUGAGGGCGAAACUGACUGUUUUCAUCAAGAACGACUCCU